AGGUGUCUGAGACUUCAGUCCAGCACCGGCAGCUAAUCCACCAACAGACGCAGGAAAGUGACGGCACGUGUGUGUAUGUGGGUCUCGUUCUCCUUCACACACACUUCAGAGCACUUUUCAGGAUACUAGCUGUUUCCUGCUGUCCUUUCAGCCCUUCACACACACACACACACACACACACACACACACACACACACACACACACGCCCACACACACUCCUCUUGGCUUUAGGCUAUCGACAUCAGGCACCAUUUCGGCCCCGGCCAGAGUGACCCUGGCCACCCAGCCGCUCCCGCGCCUUGGUUUGGGCAGGAAGAGCCUGGCAGCAGCGGCUGUAGGUGUUAUGCUGCUCCUGGUGCUCGUGGUACUCAUCCCGGUGCUGGUGAGCUCCGUAAGCACCGAUGCCGGCCAGUACGAGAUGCUGGGUGCUUGCCAUAUGGUGUGUGACCCCUACCUGAGCAGCAAAAGUGCUGUGACGGGUCCAGCGGGUUCGGGCUCCGAGGCGCCGCCGCCACCCUCCACGCUCGUCCAGGGGCCGCAGGGGAAGCCGGGACGGCCGGGCAAACCCGGACCUCCAGGGCCACCCGGGGAGCCAGGCCCCCCGGGUCCAAUGGGGCCCCCGGGGGACCGAGGAGAAAGAGGGGACCGCGGCACGAGCGGCAUCAACGGAGCUAUCAGCACGGUGACGUACAGCACACAGCCACGCGUUGCUUUCUACGCCGGACUCAAGAACCCGCACGAGGGCUACGAGAUACUCAAAUUUGACGACGUUGUCACAAAUCUGGGCAACAACUAUGACGGCGCAUCGGGGAAGUUCAUCUGUAGCGUGCCUGGCACUUACUUUUUCAUCUACCAUGUGCUGAUGCGUGGAGGCGACGGCACGAGCAUGUGGGCCGACCUCUGCAAAAACGGACAGGUGAGAGCAAGUGCGAUCGCUCAGGACGCCGACCAGAACUACGACUACGCCUCCAACAGCGUCAUCCUGCACCUGGAUGCUGGAGACGAGGUCUACAUUAAACUGGACGGAGGGAAAGCCCAUGGUGGCAACAACAACAAAUACAGCACGUUCUCCGGGUUCAUCCUGUACGCCGACUGAAUCUCAGACCUCGAGGUACAAGAUGAAGAAGAUGGACACGGAGACGGCUUUAUCGUCCGAGCGCUUCUUUUGUUUUCCCUUCACAGGAUCAUCUUGUUGCUACAAUCAUCGUAUUUUUUAUUUAUUGAUUGAAUAGUCGGUUUGUCGGAUUGCAGACUCUAGUACGAGACUUAGUGAACAGUGGGUGCUCUUUCUGCUCUAUAAAUCUUAAUGACAACAAAAAGCGAAAGACCUUCGAGACUCCAGCAGGACUUUCUGAGUGGCAGAGAUCUUUUUUUGUCAUCGUCGCAUCCUGUAUGAUGUGUCUCCUCAUCACGUCUCAUCUUCCGUCCAACAGAUAUAUAUCGACGAGAUGCGAGAAUGACCCGAGAUGCCUGUCCCUUAUAGACAGAAAAAAAACAGCAAAAAAAAAGAAAAGAAAAUAUUUUUCGAAGGCUUGCUUUAUUAACUAAAGGGAUCGUUUGAGAUUGAGUUUAGUCUAGUUCAAAUCCUAUUUCAGAUGAUUGAAAAAAUGCUUGUGCGAUUUGGAAGAAAUUGUGCCAUCCUUAGCGCUUUUUUUCCCUUUUUCUUCUUCCCCUCCCUUUCCUGAAUAAGUGAAGAUUGCCAUUGCGGUUGAUGUUUUAUCCAGCGUGCCAUGAUAUGUCUGGUGCAGAUUGUGAGUCGGUGUCGCUGCCCCUAAUGGACGGUUUGGGAAACACAAAGGACGCGAUUUACUCUUUUAUUUCUGUUUCUCCGUCCAUCCGUUAGACGAGAAUCCGUGUACGUUGUGGUUAUUAGAUUUUUUGAUUAGUAAUUGAAAAACUAAAUGUGAAUUACGACGCCUUGAAUGCUUCAAUGUUUCGGAGACACACACAAAAAAGAGAAAAAAGAAAAUUACUUAUUUAUAAAAAAAAUUCUAAUCCUUUAAUCUCACAAUACCAAAUAUGAUUAAUGAUCUAAACUGCACAAUAUUUCUAAUCUAAUAUCCAAUCUAAUCUAUAAUCCAAUCUAUUGAAGGUCUUUCUUAGGAAAAAAUAUCCACUCUUGAACCUUUUGCACUAAUAAUAAAUUACACAAUACAAAUUAGAGCAGUAUUUUCAGACAUCGCAGACAAUCCAGUAGAACUUGGGGCAUGGGGGCAAGGCGGGGCAAUAAGGCAGCGUUGUUCUGCAACAAGCAUGUGAAGAUUGUAUGUGUGGUUUAACAUUGUAAGAAGAGGACAUGUGUGGGACUCUCAUUUCCUGUCCCUCUCUGGUUGCUUUUUAAAAGCAUGCAAUGAUCCAUAUAAACUUGAAGCGAUUCCAAAAUGUUGGACGAAGCCACUGAUGGAUUAUGUGCUGAUGGUUGAUCAGUUAUUUUACAUCCGGGUAAUUCAAGUGUCCCACAAUCUCAAAUUCAAAGUCAAACAAUAAGAUUCCAAGAAAUUAAGCUAUAUAAAAAAAGUAAUAUGCCCAGUUAUUUUUAAACAACAAAUUAAUGAAUGCGAUGUACAAGAAUAAUGAGUGCUGAUUCUUCCAUGAGUCCAGGCCCAAGAGUUCACUUAGUUUAUAUUUAUGUUCCAGGUAUGUUCAUGUAGUCCAACCCCCCCAAAAAAAGAAAGAAAGAAAGAAGGAAAAACUGUUACACUGAGUUUUAAAGACCUAAAACAACAUAAGUACACUUUUAGUACAAAUAAUUUCAUUAAUCAGAAAAAGCAGUAAAAUUUGGUCAAAUAGAGAUUAUUUAGGACGGAAAACCAACUAAAAAGAUAAAAGUUGGGUUACACCAAAAUAGCCAAACCUAAACACCGAUGCAUCCGAACACAUUGAGCUUCAACAGAAUACCGGAGAAAAUGUCAUUAGUGUGGAUAUUUGGUGACUGAUUCAUAAUGUACUUUAUAUAUAAAAAAAAUGUACAAUUAUAUAUUAUUUCUUUCUUUAAAUAUUAAUUUAAGCAAUAUUUAGCAAUCGCCUCUGCCAGCAAGCAGUUCCUGACCUCACUGAUUAUUGAUAUUACGCUCUUGUGGUUUUCUUCAAUCUGACACAUUUAAAGGAACAUUUAUUGAAUUUAGCAGUUAUUCAACUGAGCUCUUGAGGGUUAAGGGCCCAAGGGCAUAACAUCAGCCUCUUAGUGGUGCUGAGAUUUGAACUCAUAACCUUCAAAUCCAAAGUCCAACAUUUUAACCACUUGAUUAUUUGUAGGCAGGAUAACUUCGGUAAUGCUGUCACAGACCCCUGUCUAUGCAUCACAUGACCUCUGGAGUUCCUCUAUGGCCCUCACUGAGACCCACUCACUAGAUGACCAGGCACUUAGAACCAACAGUUCUCUUGAUAUUUAAUGAGCAACACCAUAACACCAUAAGAACCUCUUAGACCAGUUUUCAAUGACCUCUGAUGGCUUUCGUAUAUAUUUUACCUUCAAACCCUAUUCAGAGUACAGGGUAAAAUCGGGACCACACAGUUGAUGGAUCCAUCAACUGGUAUUUAACAUUCCAUCUAGAGGGUCUGUUCAGACAUCGGACAUUAGACAUUGUCCCAUGGAUAUAUAAGGAGAAAAGCUUCUCCUGACAAGGAAUGGUCCUAGUAUUCUGAAGUGGUUCUACUUUUUUAAUCUAUUAUACAUUUCAACAAAGAACUAAUGCUGUUCUUGGUCUAUUCUGGGUGGUUUUUCUGUAAAGUCUGGUUCUUGUUCUUGAACUUUGAACAAGGAAUACAAGGACUAGAAUUAGGGUUCAGGAGAAAAGACCAACAUCCACACCACUGGAAAAAAUAUAAUACCCUUUAUGGGUUCUUUCAUUAUCCCAUUGUGCAAACUCUUCUAGGUCAUAGAUUCAAAAAGAUUAUACGUGGAACCCUUUCCUGGAAGAACAUUUAACAUCUAAUGAAUCCCUACAGAAGCCCAAUUUUGAAAGAGUGCACACUUUUUUUCAAGCCUAAAUGUAGUGUCUAUAAUCAAACAACUAUCUUUCUAAAAUAAAUUGAAUUACAAACUUUUAAUUAUCCAAGUGAACCCAUAAAGAAGUCUUGUAGAAGUGUUCACAAUCUUCACUUUGUCACUGAAGAGUUUUAAAGGUUCCACAAUGAACUCUGAAUAAUCCACUGAGCCCAUAAAGAACCCUUAAGGAACCUUUUUUCCCAAGUUUUAACAAAACGUUUCCCUUUUUUUUUUCGUCAGUAGCUGUCUCUCUCUCUCUCUCUCUCUCUCUCUCUCUCUCUCUCUCUUCAUUCUCCCCUUUGCUUGGCCUUUUCUAAAAGAACCUUGUUUGUAUAAUACACAUGUUAAUAAUCAGCUGAACCUGUUGUGGACAUGAAGUUUUUUGAAAUCGCACCCUUGUGUAAAUUUGGACAGUGGCUCUUAAAAGGCAAACUAUAAAUAAUAAAUAACUAUCAUAUCUAAAGACGUUUUUCCCCAGAGAGUUCUUGCAUACCCCUGUAGCAACUAUUCUAUGUCCCGGUACAUGGCUGCAACCUUGUGAUUGGGGACCUCUGAUCUGGAUGGACACCUUUAAGGUUCUACACUAAAACUGUGAACAGGGUUUUUUUUUACGUCGCAAUGAACUCAAUUUCGUUCAAGGAAUAGCGUUUUAUCAGUACAUGUGAAUGCAGCAGAUGAAAUACAGGGUCAAACCAAAAAGAUUUGACUUCCAGGUAGAAGAUGGGAAGAAACAUAAGGAGAGAAAUGAGAUUUAGGUUCAAUCGACUGUCAGAUGACUGCAAAAAAAUCCUUUCAGGAAUAAUAGGAAUGAAUGUCAGAACUUUUUAAAUUAUUAAUGGUAAUUAAUGCAGUCGAAUGAUCAAUAUAAAUAAAUAAUUAACAAUAAAUAAAUAUAAAAAAAUACAAAUAUACAUUUAACAUAUAUACAUAACACUUUCAGUUCCCAAAUAAAUAAAUGAAUAAAUGAACAAAUAAACACACAAAUAAAUAAAUAAAUAAAUACGGCUUCAGUCUUUUUUUUUUUCAUCGUCCAACCAAACUCAUAUAAAAGUACCCAUGCAGGCCCAGUUGCCUUCUCUCAGGUACACAGUUGCGUGUUUGGAGUUGUAAAGUUAUUCGAGAACCUUUCGAGAGCUCUUCGCAGCCGUAAUCUCGACUUCGGCGGAACUCGGUCGCACUUCAUUUUUAGCGCUUUCACACAUUUCAGUCUGUUAGUCCAAUUUAGAGCAAAAAAACAAAAAAAAUACAAAGAUAUUUCUGGAUUGUACGCAUCGGGUACUCGGUUUGGUUUCACACCGUAGGUAAUUAAAUAAAUGGGAAAAGAAAUACUCAAGAAAAAAAGAAUAUAAAAUCACAGCAUUACCCCAGAGAGAACACAGAUAAUGAUUAGGAGCUGAUACUAAUAAAGUAAUAAUAACGUAUUUAAAUAAUUAGUUGAAACGAUUUUGUGCAUCACAUCAGGGGUUUUUGUUUUGGGUUUUUGGUUCAGUCUUAAUGUCCACAAUCAAAGUGUAUUGAGCUGCAUGAUAUGGAUCUUAUUUACACUCUGUAUACAUUAUAUGGCCUAAAAUUGGACACCUGACCUCAAGAUUAAUGUGAUUUUUGAACAACAUAUUCAACAAUUAGUCUCCAUUUGCUGUUAUAAUAAUCUCCACUCUUCUCAGAAGAUGUUCAACUAGAUUUUGUGGGGAUUUGUGUGAUUCAUUCGGCCACAAUGGUUUUAUUAAAGACAAAUAUUGUUGCAGAUGGGAUUAGGAGGCCUGGUUUGCAGUCAUCAUGAAAUAUUCAUCCUAAUAGGAUUGAAGCUCUUUAGCAGGAGAUCUUCCAGUCCAACCCAUGCAAGCAUAUCUUCAUGUAGCUAGCUUUGUACACAGGGGCAUUGCACAUGCUGGAACAGGUUUGGGUCUUAUAGUUCAUGUGAAGGAAUAAUGUCAUGCUACAGCAUCCAUAGGCGUCUUAUACAAUUGUGUGUCUUCAGCUUUGGGAAGAAGAACAUAUGGCUGAAAAAGUCCCAAUACUUUUGUCCAUAGAGUGUCAAAGUCAAAUACACUUCCUCAGACCAAUUGAAGCCAAUUGAUGCCAGUUCACUCGGAAAUGUUCUCAUUGUUCUGUAUGCAGGUCUGCAGUAAUGCAGUGUCCUGUUGCUGUUUGUACGCGUGCCGGUGUUUAAGUGCAGGUUAAACCGCUGUGUGACCUCUGACCUCAGAGAACAAAAACAGAGACAAGGAGACAAAAUAAAGUAGAAAAAGAAGUUCAUCUCCUCCUGCGGCAUCACCACGGGUCACUUCCACACACUCGCGGCGGGACGCUGAUGUGAAACGACAGGGUGACAGUCUGCGACCGAAUGAAGCUGAUCUGUUCAAAUUGUGUGUGUGUGUGUGUGUGUGUGUGUGUGUGUGUGUGUGUGUGUGUGUGUGUGUGUGUGUGUGUCUGUGUGUGUGUGUGUCCAGACAAGCCUUCAUGCAUGCACAGAAAAUCUCCUCAGCCACAUCACUGACAGCUGAUCUCACACACACACAUUACAGCCAUGUUCUAAUCAGCCAAUGAUAUUGCAGUGUGAGGGAGGAAAGACAUCAGUCUACUGAGAAGAAAUAAGGACAAUAAAGCUGUGAGAGAGAAGGAAAGGUACACGUUUGCUGGUCUGACUUCAGUUCUCUUUUUCAAAAAUGUAAAUGAAUUUCAUUAAUAAAGGUGACUU